CGGAAUGCAACAGCCAACGGAAGGCAACGCCUUCCAUGACCAACGAAUGGCAGCUCCCGUGUGGUCACGCUUUUCUGAGCGAGUCCGACCCCCCUGCUACUACCUACUACUACUACUAAACCGACUAAACCGAGCCUCCGCGAGGGCUCGUUUCGUUCCAUUUGUAAGCGCGCGAUCUGACAGGCAUUCGAUUUCCCUGAUGCCCGCAAAAUGCAUGCGGAAGAUGACGAUGUGGAAUCUGACGACUUUCUCCCAAAUGAUGAAGAUAACGAGUGUUUGGAAAAUAUUCAAGUUUCUAAUGAACUUCGCGCUGGAGUCACACGUGCAGAAAUGCUCGAUAUUCUCGAUCUACUGACAAGCAAGAAGAAAUUGAUACCCGAUGUUCCCUUAUACAGGCGACUAGUUUUAGGCAAACAUGUCCACACGGAGAAGCGAGACUGUCGUUUCUUGGCAGAGAUGCUUCAGUCGGCCAUCUUCAGUUACAAACUGGAUGCUGCGUCGCAAAUCUUGGAAGAAAUCAUUUCUAGGCCUUACCCUGCUGAUCAGCUUGCUUACAAGACAGGAAUGUUCCUCAUUGAAGCUCACCCCUUUUCGACACCCGAAAAAAUGAACUAUUUUAUACGGUAAGCAUGUUACUAUAUU